AUGAGCGGACGUUUCGUUAGAGCAAGCAAGUACAGACACAUUUUUGGUCAACCCUGCAAAAAGGAACUUUGCUAUGACAAUUUACGGGUCAGCAAAAAUGCCUGGGACUCGAAUUUGAUGAGCGUGAACCCAUUUUACUUGAGUGUUAAUUGGGAUGCUGGAGCAGGAGGUGCUUUUGCUGUAAUUCCACUCGAGGAACGCGGUAAACUCCGUGACCAGGUUGCCUUGUUCCGUGGACACACGAGUGCCGUUCUUGAUACUGCUUGGAACCCCUUCCAUGAUCAAUUGCUUGCUUCUGGCGGUGAUGACAGCAAGAUUAUGCUGUGGAGAGUUCCUGACGACUACUCAUUAAUUGAACCAAGAGAGGAUGUUUAUCCCAUUGCCUGUUUAUCUGGUCAUCAUCGUAAGGUAGGUCACCUGCAAUAUCACCCUACUGCGGCAAACGUUUUGGCUUCUGCUAGUGCAGACAACACCGUGAAACUCUGGGAUUACGAGGCAGGAAAAGAUGUCGUCUCUCUUCGUGUAAAGGAUAUUUGCCAAUCGAUAUCCUUCAACGCAGAUGGUUCUCGCUUGGUUACCACAAGCCGCGACAAGAAAAUCACUAUUUGGGAUCCUCGCCAGCCUGAACCUGUGUCUGUAUCGAAUGGUCACCAAGGUGCCAAGAACUCGCGGGCGGUAUGGCUUGGCAGUCUGAACCGCAUUGCUACGACUGGUUUCAGUAAGAUGAGUGAUCGUCAAUUGGCUUUGUGGGACCCUGCUGACAUGUCGCAACCCCUCGGCGGAUUCACCUUUUUGGACACGGACUCUGGUAUUGUUAUGCCUUUCUGGGACGACGGUAACCAUGUUAUAUACUUGGCUGGAAAGGGUGAUGGAAACAUUCGUUACUUUGAAUUGGAUAACGAUACCUUUUACUUUUUGUCCGAAUACAAAUCCUCUGAUCCCCAACGUGGAAUUGCUUUUAUGCCUAAGCGUGGUGUCAAUGUCGCAGAAAACGAGGUUACUCGGAUAUACAAGUCGGUUCAUGACUCACUUGUGGAGCCGAUCAGUUUCAUUGUUCCCAGACGCUCUGAAGGUUUCCAGAGCGACAUUUACCCUCCCGCGCCUUCUGGUCAGCCUGCUAUCUCGGCUAAGGAUUGGUUUGAGGGUAAAAAUGCAGAACCUGCCGUCUUCGAUCUUUCCAUUUUGUACGACACGAAUGGCUUAACAGCAUUGAAUGCGGCUUCGACUGUUUCCAUUCCAAAGUCAGCGGUUCCCAGACCCAAGGAGGCUUCUAAGGCCGCCGAAGCGAAACCUGCCAUCAAUGACGUUGAUUUGCCCAAGCAAGCUGAGCAAGUGCAAAACGUUCCUGAGCCUGUCAAAACCACGACUCCCGAAACUCAAGAAGAAGUGUAUCAACGUCCCACCAACCCCGACAAGGUAAAGAUUCCCUCUGUGUUUUCGGGUGAUCGAGAGUUUACACGACGCUCCAGCGAAACUACUUCUCCCAAGUUGAAGGAACAAGAACUUGCACAAGACAAGACUGAGCCUAAGCCCAUUGUUAAGCCUGCUUCUGUCGAGCGUAAGGUCUCUAUUUCCGUUCGUCCUUCCGCCGAGGAGUCUUCUUCCCCGGCUAGUGCUCCAACCAAAACUUCGACAACUUCUUCAGCAGUAAAAGAAAAGAUUAGUGGUUCAAUUCACGACAUCUCAUCGCGCAUCCAAGCUCUUGAGAAGCGUUAUGAAGAAGAAACCGCAGUUCGUGAUUGGAAAAUCGCCAAAUUGGAGGAGACGAUUCAACGUCUUACGGCACAAAUUGCUGAGCUCGAGCACUAG